AUGGCCCACGCCGCGACCCCCGCCACUCCCCGCGCCCCGCGGCUGCUCUGGGCGGCGCUGCUGCUCCUGCUCCUGAUGGCCGCCGGUCGGCACGUGGCAGGGGCGCCCGUGGUCUCCGAGCUGCGUUGCCAGUGCCUACAGAGCACGCAGGGCAUCCAUUCCAAGAACAUCCAGAGCGUGAGGGUGACGUCCCCGGGACCCCACUGCGCCCAGACCGAAGUCAUAGCCACGCUCAAGAACGGGCGGGACGCCUGUCUCAACCCCGCAGCCCCCAUGGUCAAGAAAAUCAUCCAAAGGAUGCUCAACACGAGGUCUGAAAGCCUGAGGUCUCUGCCAUAUAGUGCAGAUGUCUCAGAAAAUGACCACCUGGGGAAACUGCAUCCAGAAAACUCUGGAGCCCAGGGGACAGGGCAAGAGAAGAGUGUUGGGCAGUCAGCUUUCCUGAACACUUACUAA